CUGAGCAAGGGGUCCUUGAUACUGAUGUGGAUUCUCCCAAUUUGCUUAACCCUCUUGACUCGUUCCUUUCACUUUUUUCUUCUGCAGAGUCUGCACUAGCCUGCACUGCACCCUCUCUCUCCACUUUCUCUCUCUCUCUCUCUCACUUCCUUCCAACACAUCUUCCAAUUUAUGUACCUCUCAUCUCCUCUUUCUUCAGGCUAUAAGCCAUGACAAGAAAAGCACUCAACACUAGAAAAAAUUAAGUAAAAAGCCAUCUUUCUUAGCUGUGUUGUUUCAGCACAAACACAAUUCGCUACAUAAAGUUUCUACAGGUCUGGCAUUCGGAUCUGACUUCACUUACACAUUAAAUUUUGCCUCCUUCUCUUUUUGCUUCUUCUUUUAGAUGGGGAAGGAAUGACUUCAAGGGGUGACAUGAUAUUCAUUCAUGGCUUCACUCAACUCACAUCAGUGCUUCACAACCUUGUUUCUCAUAAUCCUGCUGAAUCAUCUUCCCUAUCUAGUUUCAACCUCCAAUCAGCCGAAGCCUGCAAUUUCUCCCAGGGAGCUGUUAUUUGAGGAGAAAAAUAGGUUAGGUUCAAUGCCUCCAAGCUGCCACAACAAGUGCAAUGAGUGUCAUCCAUGCAUGGCAGUUCAAGUGCCAACCUUGCCCACCCAUAACUCUGUUAAUCCGCCCCCAGAUCUUUCAAAAACUGCUUCCAUGGAAAAUUGGCCUUACCCUUCUCUUCAAGGUACAAGGUACUCCAAUUACAAGCCAUUAGGUUGGAAAUGCCAUUGUGGUGACCACUUCUUCAACCCUUAGAAAAUCAAAUCCUGUACAACACCCUUGUGGAGAUUUUGAUUCAAUUUCCUCAUCUUGGUCAUUUUGCAAAAUGGUAAUUACUAGUUACCGAUUACCCAUCUCCUUUUUGAUCUUAUUUUGUUGGUUAAAUUAAAUUAUUACUAAAUGUUUGUGUUUUUUUUGGGGUCCUUGGUAAUUGCUGCUUAGGGUCAUAGAUAUGUGUCACUUGCGUCAGCAUUGAUUGUAUACAUUGAAGUUUGAUUGAUACACUUGUAUAGCAGAGUUUGUUACAGCUAGACCUGAAUUCCGCCUAUAUGUUGAGUCUAUAUGUAUUAUUUUGAGAAAAUUUUCUUUGGUGCUUUAUUGUGUUUUUUGUAAUCAAUCUUAUUGUGUUGUGCAAAGAUUAUGUGGUAAUUUUGGUGUCA